AGAUCCCUCUCCCUCCACGAAUACGUCAGCAUGGAGUUGCUGAAGGAGGCCGGCGUCGCGGUGCCGAAGGCUGUGGUGGCGGCCAGCCCCACUGAGGCCUUCCGGGCCGCCGAGGAGAUCGGGACGGAGGACCUGGUGGUGAAGGCCCAGGUCUUGCCCGGGGGCCGGGCGCAAGGGACCUUCGAAGGCGGGCUGAAGGGCGGCGUGCAGAUGGUCUCCUCGCCGGAGGAAGCCCAAGCGGUGGCCGCUGGCAUGAUCAGCCGGAAACUCCUCACCAAGCAGACCGGUCAAGCCGGGAGGAUCUGCCAGCGCGCCCUCGUCUGCGAACGCCGCAACUUGCGGAAGGAAUACUACUUCGCCGUCGCUCUAGAGGGGGCCUUCCAGGGCCCCGUCCUGAUCGGCAGCGCCCGAGGCAGGGUCAACAUCGAGGAGGUGGCAUCCGAGGAGCUGUCGGCCAUCUUGAAAGAGCCCGUCGACAUCGCCGAGGGCCUCUGGGAGGAGCAGGCCCUCCGCCUGGCCCGCCGGAUGGGCUUCCCGGAGAAAUCGGCAUCGGCGGCCGCCGAGAACAUGCUCAAGCUCUACGGGCUCUUCCUCCGGUACGACGCGCUGCUGGUAGAGGUCAACCCGCUGGCGGAGGACGCGGCCGGAAGGGUGGUGUGUGUGGACGCCAAGAUCAACUUGGAUGACAACACGGCAUUCCGUCAGGCGGGCGUCUUCGGGCGGCAGGAUUGGUCGCAGGCGGAGGAGAAGGAGCGGGAGGCGUCCGAGGCCGGGCUGAACUACGUCGCGUUGGAAGGGGACAUCGGGUGCUUGGUCAACGGGGCG